UGCAGCUGUAGUUUCUCUUUUGUCAGAUAAACCUCACCAGUUUCUGUCUGACUGCAGAGUUCAGCGCGUCUGCAGCGGAAACACAAGAAAGAGAACCCACUCCACAGCAGAUACAGCACGCGAUGCUUCAGCAACGUUUCUCACAACUCAUCUCCUGUGAAGACCUACAUCUUGCCUUAAAGUGUGGAUAGCGGCAGACGACAGCAAAAAAGUAUAAUUUACUGGCCGUGGGAAUGAACUCCAACACAACAUACAGCUGUGAUUGGGUGUGUUGGGUCCAGAUGUGCGUGUAUGUGCCCAUUCUGGUUUUCGGUUUCCCUCUGAUCCUGGCUGCUCUGUGGCAGUUGCUCUUCCGCAUUCGACGCUGGAGCGAAUCCACAGUUUACCUCAGCAACCUGAUCAUCAACGACAGCCUGCUAAUGCUGUCCCUGCCCUUUAAAAUACACGCCUACAAGAAGCACUGGAAACUAGGCCAGACUUUCUGCUCCCUGCUGGAGAGCCUGCUCUAUGUCAACAUCUACGGCAGCAUCAUGCUGAGCGUGUGCAUCGCGGUCGACCGAUACAUCGCUCUACAGUUUCCAUUCACUGCACGCUGUUUGCGAUCUCCACGCAAGGCAAUGCUCGUGUGCCUAAUCUUGUGGAUGGUGGUCUUUGGAUGCAGCUUCCCCAUCUACAGACUUCAUGAUAAUCCAGCAAACAAAACGUUGCGUUGCUUUGAGCAAUUCUCCAACUCAACUUGGACGAAAAGUUGGAUUCUGGCAUCUAUGGAGACCGUGUUUUGCAGCAGCGCCUUAGUGAUGGUGUUCUGUUCCAUGCGCGUGGUGCAAAUCCUGCACAAACUGAGGGAGCGCUACCCUGGAGAUUCCAAACUGCGCAACAACAAGAGCAUGAAGAUCGUUCUCAGCAACCUGGUGGUCUUCCUUACAUGCUUCAUUCCUUACCAUAUAGCAGCGCCCAUAUACUUCUAUGCCAAGACAGGUGAGUGGCAUCAAAACACCAUCGAUCAUCUACGCUACUUUGUUCACAUAAGCAUAUGCAUUAGCAAUGUGAACAUCUUGGCAGAUGGCGCAUGUUACUAUUUCAUCCUUAAAGAGAACCUGGAGUCUGCGCAGCGAGAGAGGAGAAUGGCUAUACGCGUCAGAGAGACACGCAUACGUGGAUCAAAGAGUUUAACGUUUGGAGAAAUACAUAAUAGUACGCCCAAAGCCACUGACAAUACGGACAUAUGUGUGGAUACUGGUUUUACGUAAAGAUAUUCACCGAAACUCAUGGAGAGCAAAUUUAAUGAUGAUUAAUCCUACAGGAACACAGCAAAGGAAGACAGUAAGACAUGCUCGUAUAGUUGAGUAUGCAGGUGGAUGGGAAGUACAGUAUAUACACACAGGAUGUGUGUUUACAUGUGAUGUAGAUGAAUUUUUGGGUACUAAACAAAAUCGCAGUAACUCUUAUGCACUGGAAUUUUAUCACUGCUUUUAAUCUGAAACUACGACAAUUUCCUUCUGGAACAUUCUUGUAACAAAAUUGAGCGGUGAAAUCAC